AUGCGGGUUACCAGUGUGGAGAAAUCAGAACCACUCCAUCUGCGAAAGACAUGGAUGAACGACCUCUCCCAUGGUUUCACUUUCCUCGAGUCCCUGAACCUUGCGCACGGUGAUCUCAGACCCGAGAAUGUUCUGCUUGACCGCAACCGCCUUAAGCUUUCCGAUUUUGACAGCACGGCAGAGAUUGGAUCAGAAUUCGAAGCGUGCAUUGCCCCAUACGGACGACUCCUUUGUAGUGAAGGCGGGGCCUAUCAGGGAACUGCGGGCUUCCUUGGUCCACGAACAGAGCAGUUUGCUCUUGGAUCGUUAUUCUACCUGAUAAAUUAUGGUUUUGAGGUUUACGGUGACCAAUGCUUCGGCGACGAUCCCUCUGGUAAGGAGCAUGGGCCUGUUGUCUUGGAUCUGCUACAAAAGAUGAUAUUUCCGGAGCUGAACCGGGAGCCAGAGAUCGACUCCAUAAUCAGGAGGUGCUGGUACGGUGAAUAUAAGACAGUGGCCGAAUUGGCAAUGGAUACAGAAAAACUGUGCUGCAGUAUUGGUGAUGUUUCCAAAGGCAAGAUUGAAAGUGCUAAGUGUUCAGCAGCAAUAUCUGCUAGUGACUUCUCAUUACAAAGGAAAUUCUGCCGGGAUUUAGUCAACAGCGGGAUCCCUAAAACACUCUCUUUGCGGAACCCUCGAGAUCUUCGGCUUCCCAUGAAGCGCAGGCAUAUUUGUUGGGACUUACUCCGGGAGUAA